AUGAACUUCGCACCGGUCACGGCGAAAGCGUUCAACGCUAUGCAAAACCUGGACAUCGCGCAACUGGCAACGUGCGGCGCGCAGGAAAUACGACCGCUACUUCCGUGCCUCGUUCGCAUGAGCUUGCUCUCGCCCCUGGACAACACCAAGGGGUGGGUGGAGGCACGCAAGCAGAUCCUGUCGCUGCUGGUCGGCAUCGAGGUCGUCAACAACAUCGUGUCCCUGCUGCAGGUGAACUACCAUGAGCUGGAAAUAGACGUGAAGAAGGAACAGCAGAUACGGCAAAAGAUCGGCUACACCACGCAGGAUUCGGCUCAGUUCCACAGUCUGCCCAACGGCAUCGUGAUGGGGUUCGAGCGGGCUGACGAAACAAACAAGGUCCGGGUGGUCCUGUCGGAGCUGUUCUACUUGCAAGCACAGCUCAACGAACCAACCACACAAGCCCUGCUGCAGAAACCAUCGUCCAGCGAACCCACCGUCCGGCCGUCCGAGUUGUUUGAUAAUGAAAUCUUUCUCGAAGAGAUCGCCGACAUCAUCUGCAUCGCGCUGGCCGAGUUACCGUCGCUGCUGAACCUGCAGGAAGUGAUCGAAACGCUGCUCUACGUGCGCAACGGAUGCAAGUUGGUGUGCUGGAUCGUGGCCAACAUGCCCGAUUGCUUCCGUGAGGUUGUGACGGCCCUCAUAACUAACGGUGAUGAAGAAACGACCGAAGGGCGAGUAAAGCUGGCCGCACUGUAUGAGCUGAGCGACAUGAACCCCAACCAGGCGCUCUCGAUGCGUACGGUUUGUGUCGAGACGGUCAAAAUGCCAUCGCUGAUGAUCAAACUGAGCCUAAAAGAUUCCCAGAACUUGGUGGCCUUCGUUUCCGGGUUGUUGCUGGGUAACGAUCAGAAUAUACGAUCAAGCUUUGCGGUGUACAUCCGCAACAAUCAGAAGCGCAAGGGCGAAGUGUUGAUACUGUUGCGCGAAGAAUUGCUGCGCCAGCUGCAAAGUAUCAUUGUGCAGUCUCCGAACGGUUCACUGCCGGAGGAGUUGGUUGUACAGGCGGCCGCCAUCAUGCGGCUAUACUGUGCGCUUCGCGGCAUUUCGGGGAUCAAGUUUUUCGACGAAGAAAUCCAGCUGCUCAUGCAGCUCAUCACCUCCAAACCACCACCAACGCCGGCCGGUAUCCGGUUCGUGUCGUUGGGCCUUUGCAUGUUCAUCGCCUGUCCGUCGCUCAUUCCGCCCCAAUCGCAGGAUAACAAGGUGAACGAAUGGAUCCAGUGGCUGAUCCGCGAGGAAGCGUACUUCGAGAGCGUCUCCGAAGUGUCCGCUUCGUUCGGCGAGAUGCUGCUCCUGAUGGCAAUCCACUUCCACAGCAACCAGUUGUCGCACAUUUGCGAGCUGGCCUGCUCGACGCUGGGCAUGAAGUUUUCACUGCGACCGACGACCACGACGCGCAUCAAGCACAUCUUUACGCACGAAAUCUUCACCGAACAGGUCGUAGCGGCCCACGCCGUCAAGGUUCCGGUGACACCGAAUCUGAACGCAACGAUUCCGGGUUACCUGCCGGUACACUGUAUCCACCAGCUGUUAAAGUCGCGUGCCUUCUCCAAGCACAAGGUACCGAUCAAGAGCUGGAUCUAUCGUCAGAUCUGCAAUUCGGUCACACCGAUGCACCCCGUGCUUCCGGCCCUGAUCGAGGUGUACGUCAGUUCAAUCAUUCUGCCCAACCAGAAGGGCCUGCAGGAACAGCACACACACAAGGCCCUGUCGGAGCAGGAGAUACAGCAGGUGUUUCAGAACGGUACCGGUCUGUGGGGCAAGGAGCGAUCGGUGCAAUCAUCGCCAACACCGCCAGCUGAUGGAUCGAAGAAUCAUCAUCACCAUCACUCAUCGCAGCCAUCACCGAUGGAGGUGGACGGUGAAUCGGGAACCCGACAGCAAAAUCUGACGCCACAACUGCUACUCCUCUACUAUCUGCUGCUUUACGAGGACGUUCGGUUGGCCAGCAUGCCACAAAUCAUCGCCACGGGCCGGCAGGUGAAGAGCUACACUAACGAAUUCAUGUCCGAACUGCCCAUCAAGUACCUGCUGCAACAGGCGCAAAAGAACCAGCAAGAGUACAGUGCACUCUUCAGUCCACUGUUGCGCCUGCUGGUGACCCACUUCCCUCACCUGUCCCUCGUGGAUGAUUGGAUCGACGAAGAAACGCUCCCCGUUAGCGACAGUUCGACGGGUUCGCGCAUCAGCGAACAUGCGAUCGUCGAAGCGUUCGAAGAGAUGGAACUAAACCCGGCCCGAGCCAUCAAACUGCUGCGACGGAUGAUGCGCAAAUCACCGACCGAUCUGUGGCCGGUUGCACCGACGUUUAUACGAUACUUUAAGCACACGCUCAGCUACACCGUACCACUGCUGCUACAGGAACUGUAUCGGCAGGUGUGGAUGCACCUAAACACGAUCUUUCCCCGGCGGUUGUGGGUCAUGUCGAUCAACGCGCUCAUGCCGGAAGAUAAUGUGACGAAAAACUUCACCCUCACACAGGAGAACAUUCUACUCGAUCCGCUGCAGGUGUUGCGGUGUGAUGAGCGUGUGUUUCGUAGCGCGAGCGCGCUCACGAUCGUGCUACGUAUUCUGCAGGCCAUUUUAGCGGCAUCCCGCAGUCAACUGGCACGUCAUAUGCUCGAUAAACCGCUGAUCGACAUUGGCAAUCAGGUGAAAACGGACAACGAUCGCGAGGAGCUCAAGCUGGCACUGAUCGCGUCACAGGAGAGUGUCGCCGUGCAGAUACUGCUCGAGGCUUGCCUGGAAAAUGAGGACGAUCGCACAAAAUCGGGCCGUCUGUGGGCGCUACGGGAGGUACGCGGCGUCAUCUGCUCGUACAUCCAUCAGGUGUUUAUCGCGGAACCGUCGCUGGCAAAGCUGGUACACUUCCAGGGCUACCCACGGGAACUGCUGGCGAUGACCGUGCGCGGCAUCCCGUCGAUGCACAUCUGCCUCGACUUCAUACCGGAACUGUUGAGCAUGGCCGAGAUGGAGAAACAAAUAUUUGCCAUCGAUCUGGCGUCGCACCUAUCGCUACAGUACGCAUUGCCGAAAUCGCUGAGCAUCGCCAAACUCUGCAUGAACACGCUCACGACGCUACUGGGAGUUCUUUCCGGCGAUACACGCAUCGAGAUGUUCCGUGCCGUGCUGCCCUGUAUCGUGCACUUCGCCGAGGCCUUCCCUCCGCUGCUCGACGAGUGUAUCAUGUUUCUGCUACAGCUCGGCCGAAUAGUACAAUCGCAGGCUGCCCUCGGCCGCUCCACAUCCCUGCCCUCACUGUUUGUCGGGCAGGACUGCAAAGUGCGGUCCCAAAGUAGACGGUUACAGUACGCUGAAAAGCUGGUGGACGAAGUGCGUGAAACCUUCAGCAAACUGCUCGAUGUGGCCGUGUUAAGCCCCAAAAUUUACUCUCACUCGGAAACGUAGUGGACGGCAAUCCGAAACAAACG